UAGUGUAACGGUGGCGACGGUACUGACAAAAUCACUUCAACUUUUUUUUUUUCUUUUUUGCAGAUUCCUCCACAAGGCGUCACUUCUCAGCUUCACUUUGAGACACUUCUAGCUAGCAAGAGUCGAUGACUGUCUGCAGCCCAUCUUUGGGGACCCGCGUUUACAACGUUAGAAAAGACACGGAGCGAUUGCAGUGGUAACGUCGAUUGUAAUGCUAAAAGUAGUUGAUAUCACUGCAUAAUCUGUUCAAUGGCCGCAGUGUUGGUGAACAUGAAUAAUAAAAUAGGUUGUUGAGGCCGCGUACCGUUUCUGAUUUUGCUGUAGCUGCCUCAACGGCUAAACUGCACCUAGGAAAAAGACGACCGAGUGAAUGUCAAGAUAGUUACUGUCUGGUGGUAGAUUGGACCGGUCACGGACCUCUCGCGAUAUUUUUAUUAUAACCCCGACAUAACCCUAACCUCGCGAGAGCUCGUCCCUCGGGCUCAUCCAACCUAGCAUUUAUCAUGUAGUAGACAUUGAGGAAAUAAUUGUCGCACUUUCGUAUGGUUCGUGUUAGUGUCACACGACGCUGUCAGUUAUUCAUAGUGUCAGUAAAUACCUUUUGGGAAAAAUAGAUAUAGUGGGCUAUAAAAUAUGACACACACUGAUUCACUGUCUAACGGAAUUCAAACGAAAGCGGAAGUUGUUGACAGGGAAGCCUCUUGCUUCGCUCUGAAUGUGAUGAGACUUUUUACUGUGUGUGUACUUUCUGCUAGCCUACAGACAGAACGGACCUGUUGUGUAAUGUAAACACUGCUUUUACAGUAGGUUGUGUAAGUAGUUAGCCAUUUUUUCAUGCACAACGGAACCACCCGCUCAUAAAAGCUGAGAUUUGUUGCCAGGUCUGGUUUUCAAAGGCACCCCUCAGAUAUCAAGGGUAUAACGCUGUUCUUCAAGGAUGCAGGUGCAGAGAGUCGUUCUCAACUCCCGACCCGGUAAAGACGGGGUGCCAGUUCCCGAAAAUUUUCGCCUGGAGAAGACUAGUUUAACACCUGACCUGAAAGAUGGGGAGGUCCUUGUUCGGACGAUUUACCUAUCAGUCGACCCUUACAUGCGGUGUAGAAUGAAUGAAGACACCGGUGCUGAAUACCUGCUUCCAUGGCAGCUGUCUGAGUGUUUGGAUGGUGGAGGUGUCGGCAUGGUCGAAUCCAGCCGCUGCACUUCUUGCAGCGAGGGAGAUGUGGUCACUUCAUUCAACUGGCCUUGGCAGACCCAUGCUGUUAUGAAAGGAAGUGUCUUACAGAAGUUGAAUCCACAAUUGGUUGAUGGGCACUUGUCCCACUUUUUGGGUGCAGUUGGCAUAACAGGCCUCACUGCACUGCUAGGCAUGAGGGAAAAGGGUCAUGUAUCCAAAGGGGCCAAUCAGACCUUGGUGGUGAGCGGUGCAGCAGGGGCUUGUGGCUCCUUAGCUGGACAGAUCGGCCGGCUGGAUGGUUGCGUGAGGGUUGUUGGGAUCUGUGGUUCUGAGGAGAAGUGCAAAGCUUUAGUGGAAGAUUUGGGCUUUUCUGCUGCCAUCAACUAUCGCCAAGAUGACGUUCCCACAAAGCUCAAGGAGUGCUGCCCUGAUGGCAUUGAUGUUUACUUUGACAAUGUGGGAGGUCUUAUCAGUGAUACAGUCAUUGCACAGAUGAACAAUGGCGGCCAUGUAAUUCUGUGUGGACAGAUCUCACAGUACAACAAGGAUGUUCCAUAUCCUCCACCCCUGAAUGAUAAGACACAGGAAGCUCUGCAAAGAAAGCACAUCACCCGGGAGCGAUUUAUGGUGCUUAACUACAUGAGCAAAGCAGAAGCUGCCCUCUGCGAGCUCAGCCAGUGGGUUAAAUCAGGCCAAAUCAAGGUGCUGGAAACUGUGGUUAACGGCAUUGAAAAUAUGGGAGUUGCAUUUUGCUCUAUGAUGAAAGGGGGAAACAUUGGAAAACAAAUUAUAAAGAUAUCAGAGUGAAGAAAAUCACUGCAGCUUCCAGCAGACUGCUCUCACCAGACGCCUUUGGAAAUUAACCUACAGUUGCCUCUCUAUCAUUGCUAUUAACACUAACUUAAUGAACACUGGUAAGAUAUUGCAUUAAUUAGUUGAUGCCAGUUGAUUACAACGUAGAACCAUUAAUGAAAAAUGACAUAAUGUUCUUUGAAAUUAGAAAAAUGAAAUAAAAUGUAAAAAGUGUGCAGAAGCUUGUUGCAUUUUAAUAUUGAUUUCAAUGUUUGGAAAUUGGUGCCGAAGUUAAUAAAAGCAAAUAUUUUGCU